AUGGUUGUGGCUCACAGAGCCCUGAGGGAUCAAAUGUUCCGGAACACGCUCAUGUCCACGUCCGAUGCUGUCCUGCUCUUCGAUGCCGGAGCAGGUCAAGCACAAGGAGGUAGGCAAUUCCAGGAAGACCGGUGCACCGUCAUCCUACCAGACCAGUUUCCAUCGCAGACGAAUGACAAGCUUGCAUUCUUUGCGAUUUAUGAUGGACAUGGCUCCGGCCUGGUGUCAGACCAUGCCAGUCAAAACCUGCACUUUCUGCUCACCAAGCAUCCCGAGUUCGACCGAGGAGACUACGCCGCAGCUAUCAAGGCAGCUCUGGCCGACGAGGACAACGUGCUGCUUGAAAGCUUCAAGCACGAGACAGUUGAGCCCGCCAUAUCCGGGUCGACUGUGGCAUUGUGUUUUGUGAAUCUCACCAAGGGCGAGCUGGUCGUGUCCAAUCUGGGCGACUCGCACGUCAUCCUGGCGGAGCGCGAUCCCAAGACGGAGCAUCCCUAUCAUGUCCGACGUCUCACCAAGGCUCAUAAGCCCGAAGUCCCCAGCGAGCGAUCCCGCAUCGAAGGAGCCGGCGGCACAGUCAACACCCAGAACGGAACGCCUCGGCUCGGGUCUCUCAACAUGUCGCGCGCUCUGGGCGACCUGCAGUAUAAAAACCCGGUUAAUACGGUCGACAACGAAAACACCACGCCCCGCACUCGGCGCGCCUCGUCUUCGUCCACGCCGUCAGAAGCCCGCGGGGAUUUCUUAUCCAACGAGCCAUUUACCACGCGACGAACCCUCGAUACCAAACAGCGGUACCUGCUAGUCAUCGUAUCGGACGGAGUGAGCGACCACACAGACGACGCAACGUUGGUGCAACACAUGAUGAAACUGUCGAUGCGGGGGAUGCGAGCCAGCGACAUCGCCCAGGAGGUCGCCACCAGCAGCGCCAGUCAGCCUCGGAGCGACAACGCUUCAUGCAUUGUUGCCUUGCUGGAUGGCCAGGGGUCGUGA